AUGGCGGCUGCCCUCUUGGCCAUGGAAGACUUUAAUAAUCGGGACAAUCGCAUUGUCAAGGAAAUGGAAGCACUGACACAAAAUUGUACCGUUCAAUUUGACCUCAGUCAAAGCAUGUUUGUGGAUACCAGCGCCUUGGCACAUUCGGGGUCCACUAUGGUCAUGGAUCAAGUCAAACGAGGGGAAGCCUUUCCCUGUGCCUUUGCGGGACCCUACUUUGACCUUCCCGCACAAAGCAUUGCGUCCAUGGCCGCCGCCUUAACGAUACCUCACAAUCCCCAUCGUGGCUACAACUACAGAUUAAGUGAUUCCAUGUACAGCCCCUUCACCAGCAUGGCCUUUCCAGACAUGGCCAUCAUGGCCAUGCUUUGGGCAAGUAUCUACUUCAUGUGGAACGAAACAAUUACAUUGCCAUUCUGCACACACAAAUGA